AUGUCAUGGCCUGAUGAGUCGACAGGGUCGGCAAUCUUCAUUUCCGAACGACAAACAAGUUGCCCAGUAGAAGGCAAUAGCGACCUUUAUGGCCUUGGAAUCAGACUCGGAAUAUACAUCCAGAUGAUUACAGUCCAGAUCUCGGGCGUCACAACCGCUAGGGCACACGGUAAAAUAUCUGACCAUCUGGGCGAGGCCGCCCUCAUAUUUAUCCUCUCGGCGGGCAUCGUCCUGGCUAGACUGGUUUCCCGAGCCGAGAUCCAACCAGUCGAAGUUAUCCCCAUUCUCACUCUCCUAGUGGCUCAUCUUGGCGUUUGUCGAGUCCCCUGGUGGCAGGGGCGGACUCUCAUUCUGAUCUACGUUGCCGAGGUUUCCUUGCUCGUCGGUUUGAUAGUUUGGUUCUGGUGGUCAGGAAUGGAAACUCUGCCGAGGUCAUGCGCCAACGACUAUGCCUUCUUUUUCCACAAGGUCAGGAUCUGGGGUUGGUUCCGCAAGCUGGGCAAAGGCGGUUCCAUCAUUCUCAGUGUCGGUACAUUGAGCGGCGUCGCAUUCUACCUCAUUCAAUUAUCUCGUCUCAUAAGGAACUCCGCCAGAAACAGCCGUUCAGAGGAACGAGCGCCACAGGGAGAUCACCAAACCUGGGCUCAGAGGCUGAGAUUCCAUCUACUUGACUUCUUGAUUUUUGGCUGUGCCAUCACUUUUGUGGAAGUAACACUUGCAUGGAACCACAUCUCACAAGUCCAUUCUCUUUCAUCCCCCGGCCAGUUCAUGCCAUUUUUCAUAUCACUUGCCCAAUUAAUCUCAACUACGACUAGAAGUGUGAAAAUUUGCUUCAAUGUGGAUAACAGUCCAGAGAUCGCCGCCCAAGGCCAAGAUGACUCCAGCCUUCAAUGCCGUCAUAGAGCUUCAAGUAGUGCCUAUGACUUAGAGGAGCAGACUGGUUGA